AUGACCCAUUUACAAGCUGGACUUAGUCCAGAGACUAUAGAGAAAGCCCGCCUGGAACUGAAUGAAAACCCAGACAUUUUGCACCAGGAUAUCCAGCAAGUCAGGGACAUGAUCAUCACGAGGCCUGACAUUGGGUUUUUACGUACAGAUGAUGCCUUCAUCUUGAGAUUUCUCCGAGCCAGAAAGUUUCACCAAACUGAGGCCUUCAGACUGCUGGCUCAGUACUUCCAAUACCGCCAAUUAAAUCUGGAUAUGUUCAAAAACUUCAAGGCUGAUGAUCCAGGAAUCAAACGGGCUCUGACAGAUGGGUUUCCGGGAGUACUGGAAAAUCGCGACCACUGUGGCAGGAAGAUUCUUCUGCUUUUUGCAGCCAACUGGGAUCAGAGUAGGAACUCCUUCAUAGAUAUCCUUCGGGCUAUUCUACUUUCCUUGGAAGUACUCAUUGAAGAUCAGGAGCUUCAGAUAAAUGGCUUCAUUCUAAUUAUAGACUGGAGCAACUUCUCCUUCAAGCAAGCCUCCAAGCUGACACCAUCUAUCCUCAAACUGGCCAUUGAAGGGUUACAGGACAGCUUUCCUGCACGUUUUGGAGGAGUACAUUUUGUCAAUCAGCCCUGGUACAUCCAUGCCCUGUACACGCUAAUCAAACCGUUCCUCAAAGACAAGACAAGGAAAAGGAUCUUUCUUCACGGUAACAACCUGAACAGCCUUCACCAGCUAAUACACCCUGAAUGCCUGCCCUCUGAAUUUGGGGGGACUCUGCCUCCCUACGACAUGGGGACGUGGGCUCGAACAUUAUUGGGUCCCGACUACAGCGAUGAGAACGAGUAUACCCACACCUCCUACAACGCCAUGCAUGUGAAGCACGCGUCCUCCAACCUGGAGAGGGAGGCCUCCCCCAAACCCAUGAAAAGGUCCCAGUCUGUGGUGGAAGCCGGCACGCUGAAACACGAGGACCAGGGGGAAAGUGAGAACACCCAGCCGCUGCUGGCUCUGGACUGA